AUGGCUUCCGCCAAUCUCUCGGCGGAUGAAUACCAUCACCGUGACAUCUCUCCGGCCCGGAGCAGCAUACACUCGAGAACCGAUGCGAGCGACUCACAGUCUUUGUCUCGUUGGCCUACCGACCCUUCAGGUUUGAGACGUCGAAGGUCCUCGAACUUCAACCCUGCUCUCCUUGCCGAGUAUGGUGGUGUCAACAGCAUCCGGUCCUUCACUCGGAGCUGGCGCCGAGCUGCUGGCUUCCCCGAAGUCCUCCCACAACGUCCCCCUCUCGUCUUUGCCCCCGAUCAGGCCCCGCUCGUCUACCCCGACGAGGAAGCUCCCCGCGAAGCUAUCGACACACUUCCAGGGCCCUCCGGGCAAGGCGACCGACAACCCGCAGCCGAUUUCCAGGAGAGGGAAAGGAAGGCGUACAAUCCCGAGUUGGAAGGGGCGUUCAUUCCCGGUAGCUAUUCAAGUUCCAUUUUCGCCAUCCCACCGAGCCUCGCCACGCCUCUUGUUGGGAGCUAUGCCAGUUACCCCACCUAUGGCACCCUUCCCGCAGAGUCUUCUGAGAGGAGAUCCUCGUUUGCUCGUUCGUGGAUUCAACCUGUUGCGGGAGAGCAACUGAUCGAUGAGCUUCCUCCAAUCCUCGUGAAGGAGGUUGAGCAGGAUGGCAAGAUUGUGUUGACUGUGGAGGGUCAGUCAACGUUGCCUCAGACUAUCUUUAACUCGAUCAACGUACUUGUUGGCGUCGGCCUUCUGAGCUUGCCGCUCGGAAUUAAAUAUUCUGGGUGGCUCUGCGGCAUGAUUUUGCUGCUCCUCUGUGCUGUUGUCACCGGCUACACGGCAAGGCUACUGGGGAAGUGCAUGGACUUGGAUCCAAGCCUCAUUACCUUUUCUGAUAUCGCUUAUAUCUCCUACGGACAUAAAGCGAGGUUUGUUACUAGUGUAUUGUUCACUCUCGAGCUGAUAGCCGCGAAUGUGGCUCUGGUUGUCUUAUUCUCCGACUCUAUGGAACUCUUGUUCCCGGGCUUCCUAACAGCUCUACAGUGGAAGACUCUCUGCUGCGUGAUUCUAUUCCCGCUGCAUUUCCUACCGCUCCGGCUUCUCAGUGUCACCAGUGUGAUUGGCAUUUUCUCGUGUCUUGGAAUUGUCACCAUUGUCAUUUUAGACGGCUUCAUCAAGCCCACCGCGCCUGGUUCUCUCCUAGAGCCCGCAGCGACUUAUAUGUUCCCGAAGCGCUGGAGCACAUUACCACUUUCAUUCGGCCUGCUGCUUAGUCCAUGGGGCGGUCAUUCUAUUUUCCCGAAUAUUUAUCGUGACAUGAGACACCCUUAUAAGUAUAAGAAAGCCCUCGAGAUCACUUUUAGCUUCACCUAUCUUCUCGACGCCACCACAGCCGUAGCCGGCGUCCUCAUGUUCGGCGAUGACGUCCGCGAUUCCAUCACCUCCAACAUCCUCCGAACGACCGGUUACCCCAAGGCCCUCACGGCUUUGAUGUGUGUCUUCAUUGCCAUCAUACCUCUCACCAAGAUUCCGCUCAAUGCCCGUCCCAUCAUCAACACUAUCGAAUUGGUCUUUGGCAUCCGCUACCACCAUCACCAUCCCCUCCAUCAUGCCAACAACGGCGCUCCUGACGGUACCAGGCUAAGCGAGGCCUAUUUGACCUUUAUGAAGUUCUUCUCACGUAUACUUACUUUGGCUACGUUCCUCGUCAUUUCUAUCCUCUUUCCCGCCUUCGAUAGCAUCAUGGCCUUUAUGGGCAGCGCGCUCUGCUUCACCAUCUGCGCCAUUCUCCCCCUCGCCUUUUACCUUCGACUCUUCCAACACGAAAUAUCCACUCGCGAGAGACUUUGCGCCUACUUCCUCAUGGUUGUUUGCUCGAUUCUCUCCAUAGUCGGCACCAUCUGGGCUUUCCUCCCCAAGUCUCUCAUCGGAGCGGACUAA